AUGCAGUUGUUGACUUCUGAGGCGCCUCAAGAGUUAUCUCCUUCCGCCUCUGGCGCUGGCUCUAUGAGAAUGCAGAGGACGGUGCUGCAGAGGGCAAGGAAGGGGGAAAGGUCUGUGGAUGCGACUUUGAGUCGACUCUUAAGUUUUCUCGUUCUCCCUUUUUCCUCUUUUGAUAUUCUGGCAGAUGAGAAUGCAGAGGACGGUGCUGCAGAGGGCAAGGAUGGGGGCAAGGCUGUGGAUGCGACUUUGAGUCAACUCUUAAGUUUUCUCGUUCUCCCUUUCUCCUCUUUUGGUAUUCCGGCAGAUGAGAAUGCAGAGGACGGUGCUGCAGAGGGCAAGGAUGGGGGCAAGGCUGUGGAUGCGACUUUGAGUCAACUCUUAAGUUUUCUCGUUCUCCCUUUUUCCUCUUCUGAUAUUCCGGCAGAUGAGAAUGCAGAGGACGAUGAGAAUGCAGAAGACGGUGCUGCAGAGGUCAAGGAAGGGGGAAAGGUCUAUGAGAAUGCAGAGGACGGCGCUGCAGAGGGCAAGGAAGGGGAAAAAGCUGUGGAUGCGGAUGGGGAGGAGGGGAAGAGAGAUGGGGGACGAGGCAGGGAGACUGGGGCUAGAGGAGGAACAGGCACGGACAGGGAGAGGGAGCUGGAGAUGAUUCGAGAGCAGCGCUUGCUUCAUACCAACGCAUCCCUCCUGCCCCAAACUUUCCAUCCUUUUCCUCUCCCGCCCAUACCCCCUUCUUCCCCCUUUUUCCCUCUUUCCCCUCCCCUUUUCCCCCUUUUCCCCCUUUUUCCCCCUUCCUCCACCCUUUUCCCGCCCUUCUCUCCCCUUUCCCCUUUGCCUUCCUCCAUUCCCUCCUGCCGCCGCCACGGGCAGUACCUGGGGCUGCGCAAGCCCAAGAAGCGAUACCUGGGGCUGCGCAAGCCCAAGAAGCGAGUGAUCAAGCCGAGUGAGAAGUUCCGAUUCUCCUUCGACUGGGAGAACACCGAGGACACCUCACGCGACCUCAACCCCCUCUACCAGAACCCUCAUGAGGCGCAGCUGCUGUUUGGACGAGGCUUCAGGGCCGCUGUUGAUAACUCUGCGUUCCGUUCUGCGUCUCCUUGUCUGCCCCUUCCCUUCCCGUUGUGA